AUGUCCAGCUCCGCCGCAGCCACUUCGACCAAACGCGUGCUCGCGUCGACGUCGUUCCUCGUGCAGAGGAACUCGCCCAAGGCCAAGUUGCCCACGAGGGGGUCGGCAGCAGCAGCGGGAUAUGAUUUGUACUCGUGAGUCUGAGGACCUACCGACUAUGCGGUCAUACGGUAGGAACGCGUGCUCAUUUGAUGUUCAUCGUACCCCGGGCGCACAGAGCCGAGGCCAAAACCGUCCCGGCCCGUGGCAAAGCCUUGAUCAACACAGAACUUAGCAUCGCCGUCCCGGAGGGAACGUACGGCAGGAUUGCACCCCGAUCAGGAUUAGGUACGUCUAUGCCUGCCCUGCGCUCCUUUCUGGAGUAUGCGCACGAGCUGACGGAGCGAAUCGCUUGGAUGUGGGGGCCGGAAAUCAGCGAGCAAGUUUAUGAUCGACACGGGAGCCGGCGUGAUCGAUGGAGACUACCGAGGGACGGUCCAUGUCCUGCUGUUCAACUUGAGCGACAAGGACUACGAAGGUCGGUUUGUUUUCCACGCGCGGAAAACCGUUCGGAUCCUGGCCGCUGGUUUUGAUUGAGUCAAGUGCCUGUUACUUCGAUUUUUACAGUCGUCGAGGGUGAUCGCGUCGCACAACUGAUCUUGGAGCAAAUCGUCACGCCCGAAGUGAUCGAAGUCGAGGUAAGCUCUCAGAUUUAUUCAAUCGCGGACGAGGCGUUUCCGCUUGGCCAACAUCUUGAAUUCAUGAUCUCCGCAGUCCCUCUCCGAGACCGUUCGAGGUGCAGGUGGUUUCGGCUCGACUGGCGGUUUCACCGAUGUCGCAGCCGAGAAGAACGGCGCAUGA